UACAUUUCCCAGGUGUCUUUGUAACACAGGGUCGUGUAACCUAGCACUGGAGCCAGCGACAUUGGUAGCAGUGUGUCAUUCUAUCACAACAGUGCCAAUACAAAUGCUACUACCAAUACCCAUCUUCGCUCUCCUUUCGGUGUCGUGGACAGUAUCUGCGUCUGUUCGACGUGCAUACGAUACUCACGACUACUACGCCCUCGAAACUGACUUGGAACCAGAAUCCUUCUCAACUGAGCUUGGCGUAGAAAUUGUUGAGCAGGUUGGAGAGUUGGCAGGUUUUUGGCUUGUUAGGGCUGAGAAGAAUCUGCAGAGAGGACUAGAGGAUGAUCCCAUUCUAGCACGAUAUAAUGCUAUACAACCAAGUUCAAUAAAAUCUUUGACCCUCCAAACCCUUCGACAACGCAGUAAACGUGCGCCGCCAUCUCCCUCUGAACUCGCCUCUAAAAUGGGUAUCCAGGACCCACUCUUCCCUGAACAAUGGCAUAUCCUCAACCCAGAGUCCCCAGAACAUAUGAUGAAUGUCACUGGUCUAUGGGAAGAAGGCUACACUGGCGUCGGCGUAAUAUCUAGUUUGAUUGACGACGGUUUGGAUUACACAUCUGAAGAUCUCGCGGCCAAUUUUGAUGCUGUUCAUUCACACGACUACAAUGACCACGAAGACUUACCGACACCAAAGCUUCCUGAAGAUACUCAUGGCACUCGGUGUGCCGGCCAAAUAGCUGCGGUGAAAAACGGCGUUUGUGGUUUGGGUCUUGCCUACAACUCUCGUGUUGCAGCCGUCCGAAUUCUUUCCGGGACCAUAACCGAUGUAGACGAAGCCGCAGCUCUCAAUCAAGGCUUCGACGAGGUUAGCAUCUACUCUUGUUCUUGGGGUCCCCCGGACGAUGGACGCACGAUGGACGGUCCAGACUAUCUCAUCCAAAAGGCUAUUGUUAAUGGCGUCAAUCGCGGCCGACAGGGAAAAGGAAGUAUAUUUGUCUUUGCAAGUGGGAACGGCAAAGGGAGUGGGGAUGAGUGUAACUAUGAUGGGUAUACGAACAGUAUAUGGAGUGUCACCGUUGGCGCUGCGGAUUGGACCGGACGGAGUCCAUACUACAGUGAAGCAUGUGCCGCCAACAUGAUUGUCGCAUAUAGCUCCGGGAAUGGAAAGAGCAUUGUUACGACAGACAAAGGAAAGAAUCAAUGCAGUCGCGGUCACGGUGGAACAUCUGCUGCGGCGCCCAACGUUGUUGGCGUGAUUGCACUUGCCCUCCAAGCCAGACCCGAGCUCAGUUGGCGAGAUAUUCAACACCUCUGUGUACGCACUGCGAUACCUAUCAAUUACGAUCCAUCAAGUACCCUUCCGUCUUCUCCCUCUGACACAGAUUAUGAACUUACAGCCGCACAUCGACCAUUUUCUUAUGCUUUCGGAUACGGUGCAAUUGACGCCUACACCUUUGUUCACGCCGCUCUCAAAUGGGAUCUUGUUCCCCGCCAAACUUGGAUUCGGACACGGACCGUAGUGUUAGGUGACGGUAAAAUGACAAAGGACAAAGUUUUUAGUGGGGGGAUACCAUUUGGGCAAUCCAAGAACGGCGGGGAAGUAAGCGUGAGCAGUACGCUGGAGGUCACCGAGAAGAUGAUGAGCCGCGCUCUAUUAUCACCUCAGGGCCUUGAACAUGUAAAUGUGAGAGUAUGGAUCGAUCAUCAGCGAAGGGGAGAUGUCCGCGUCGAAAUUGUCUCGCCAAACGGCAUCAAGAGCAUUUUGGCGGGUGUUAGUAGUGGUGGUGAAGGAGGAAGAAAAUACGAUAAAGCCAAAACUGGGUUUCCUGGCUGGCUCUUCAUGAGUGUCAAACACUGGGAUGAGAACCCCCUCGGGACAUGGACCAUCACAGUGUCGGAUUCUGUGAAUACCGAUUUCACAGGGAGAUUUUUAGGAUGGAAUAUGGUUUUGUGGGGAUCAAGCACAGAUACCAAGACUUCUGCGCAAGAAGACAAAAACAAGUACGAAAUACUGAUGGAAGGCGAUGAUGUAUUCCCUCCUCCCCAUGGCAAUAGCGACGAGGAUGAGGACGGGAACGUGACUAUUACGGUUACUGCCACAGAAACGUUGGCAGGGUCAGCCACUAGAAUUUACACCAAACCUACACAUUUCCUGAGCACGGAUGUGUUGGAGGUUACAGGUAUCAAUGACGAUGUAGAAGCUUCUCCUACAUCCACAUCAACGUCCGCUUCAUCCUCCCCGUCAUCAUCAUCCAGUCUUGGGAAGAUUUUUUCCUCCCAAAGACCCAUUUUCGCAAUCUUCGAACUUAUUUUCCUUAUUGCUGUCGGUGUGGUUUUGUAUGUGUUUUUGUGGCGUCGGAGAAAACAAGGAUCGAGUGCGGACUACGAAGCGCUUGCAGGUCAGAAUGUAGCGAUGAGUCGGAUACCGGGAGAUCGGGACAGGAGUGGUAGACCUGGCGGUCGGGGAGAAAUGUAUGAAGCUUUCGAUGGAGGAGAGGAUGAGGGUGAGGAUGAUGAGGAUGAGGAAGCGGGAGUUGAUCAGCCUAUGCUCCCACGCAGUGCCCGUACGCCUCGUGAGGAUCCUUCGUCAGCGGCAAUAGGACAGUCAAGGUAUCGAGAUCAACCUUCGGAAUCGGAUAUACCUGGUAAAACACAGGAAAGUAUGAGGAUACUUCCAAAGGAUGAUGACAGCGGGAGUAGUGGAAGCUGGGAACAUACAUAAUAGCUGUACAUUGUAAUUCUAUUGCUCUUAGUAUUCUUGCUGUUUGCUGCCUUUCGAACAACCGCCAAUAUGGCUGUACAAGUGAUUUUCGUUCCCUUUCCUACAACAUUCCCUUUCGAGCCUGGGGAAACCUUGUGUCCGUAUAUUCAAGGCACCUGUAUAAGCCUGCCACCGAAGGAAUUUUCAUCGGG